AUGUCAUUUCCUCUGUCUCGAGCCAACGCUGCCUCAGUGUCCCUACACAGGUUGCUUCCCACUGCUCACUUCGACCGGCAGUUGAAGCUCUUUCUCUCUAAUGUCCCGAUAGCGCUUUUGGAGGCUCAUCAGGGCGAUGCGGUGUUUUGGCGUUGGUUUUUGUUGCUGAUUUUGGUCGGAGUGUCUGCAAAUCGUGCAGGAUCUCCUGUGUUUACAGAUGAAAUCCCCUUCAAAAUCAAAUGGCCCGGGGCAGACUUCACCCUGUCAACGUCAGGAGGCCUGUACAAAGAAGAUGACUAUGUUAUCAUGACAACUACAGAAAAAGAAAAGUACAAAUGUUUAUUGCCGUCUUUGUCUGGCAACCAGGAGGAUGAUGUGAAGGAGUAUGAUGGGCCGAGUCCAGCUGUGCUGCUGGAGCCGUUGUUCAAACAGAGCAGCUGCUCCUACAGAAUCGAAUCAUACUGGACAUAUGAAGUGUGCCACGGGAAGCAUGUACGGCAGUACCAUGAGGACAAAGAGACGGGGCAGAAGAUCAACAUUCAGGAAUACUUUCUGGGUACCAUGAAAAAAGAGAGUGCAGAAUCAGAAACGGAAAAAUCCAGUGACUCUGAAUCAGAAAGAUCAAACGUCAACACACAGGUGCCAACUAAGAAUAUAGAGGGUCAGCUGACACCAUACUAUCCAUUAGAAAUGGCACAUGGGACUGAAUGCUCUCUGAGACAGAAUGAACCUCGCUCUACCACGGUGCUGUACGUCUGCCACCCAGAGGCAAAACAUGAGAUCCUCACGAUCGCUGAGGUCAUCACCUGUCAGUAUGAAGUAGUGGUGCUCACACCCCUCAUCUGUCCUCACCCGAAAUACAGGUUCAAGUCGUCCCCAGUGAAUGACAUCUUUUGCCAGGCUCUGGGUGGCUCCCCUCUUAGACCUCAGAGUCUGUCCCAGCUGGAUCGUGAGCAGGAAGAGCUGCUCAAACCACCGUUCAGCUCAAGCACCGAAAGAGAUCAGAGAGGAUCCAGGGAGGAUUCAUCUCCAGUGAAAGAAGAGGCGUAUACUUCUACCCAUAAGCCCCCUGACAGUGGGUGGCAAGCCCAGGUCACAGUUGGCACUACCCAUAUCUCUCGUUUGACUGAUGAGCAGCUGAUCAAGGAGUUUCUGAGUGGCUCAUACUGUCUGCAUGGGGGUGUUGGAUGGUGGAAGUAUGAAUUCUGUUAUGGAAAGCAUGUCCAUCAGUAUCAUGAGGAUAAAGAACAAGGAAAGAACAUUGUAGUGGUGGGCAGCUGGAACACUGAGGAUCAUUUUAACUGGGCCAAGAAAACGUGGCUCGAUCUUAUCAUUUGAAAGAUGAUGGAGUACAGAAA